AGGCGUAAACCUCGAAAAGGUAAUUCUAGAGGGGGUUUUUUACGUGCUAGAAGGAUUAGCGGCACCCAUGGUCAUGGGUAUGGACAUGUUAAGAAAGUACGGAAUAGACAUAAUGCUGUCAAAUCAAUUGCUAAAGAUAACGUCGUUAGGAAUAAACAUUCCAAUUUAUGUAUACAGUAAGCCACAAGAUAGUAGCGAUGAAUACAACUGUCAAGUAGUUAGCUUGAACAUGAUGCGAACGGAUAGCGUUGAUUUACAGGAAGUCAAAGACGAGAUGAACCUGAGCGCGGAAGAUUUGAUUCUGAGAAAGCAGAAUGAAUUAUGUAACAAAAUUUUGCGAAGCAGGGGUAUCUUAGCAGACGAACGACCGGAGGAACUGACAGGUCCAAAGUUAAAAACGGUAGUACUGAAUAAGACGCGUAAGAUAUGCGAAAACAACAUGGUAAUUUUACCCGGAAACAUGCGAGCGAAUAUUGAUAAAACCCGCGAUAACGACUAUUUAUCAUCUGAUAAAGAUGAAGAAAUUAUAACGGUGGAUGACUGUAACAACAAUGUAACAGAACUGAAGUCGGUAAAAACUGAAUUGGUUAGUCGAGACACGGGAUUCCAAAUUUUAAGAGAUAUAUCAAUCGACGCGAGUGAAAUGGAAAGGGUUAAAUUAAAUUCGCCAUUAUUCCUAAAACCAUUGGAGGAUGAACUAAGUGCGCGAACGUCCAUUGAGAACCGCAAGAGGAAACGUGAAAUGGAAUCAACGAUGCACCACUGGGAGUCCGAGAGUGGGGAUGAGGCGGAGCCAGCGGAGCGACGCUGCGCAAAGCGCUGCGCAGUAGGCGACCGAGGAGACGAGCUGAAGCCAGCGAACGUGCUAGUCAGUCGACAGCGGUACACCGAAGUGACAACAAGCAAAGAAGCAGCAAUCAAUCCUGACAUGGAGGAUGAGCUUGAGAGGACUAGAGCCGAGCAGGCUGAACUUCAAGAAAAGCUAUUGGAGGUUCAAACGGAGACCAACGAGCAAAUUAAAUUGCUGAUAGCGGAGGCCACCAGAACUCUGGAGCGAGUGAAGGCUAGGAAGCUCAUUCAGGAGAAGUACAACGCGGCAUGCCUAAAGGAUGUCCAGAAGGCAUACCAAGCUGCCGUGAAGAGGAAUAUUGAGGGAAUUUCCUUAUCAAAAAAGGGAAAAAGAACAACGGCAACCAAACCAAAGGGGAAAGCCGAGUCAGAGAAGACAGCCGUCCAGGAAGGAGGCCAAGAAACUCAACUGACAGAUGACAUGUGCCCGAUGGUAAAGCUGAAUCGAAUUCGGACCAGGAGCCAGGAUUCUACCUUGGGAGAUGAGAUUCUACCAACAAAGGAGGAGAAGGAAGCCAGUCCGACCAAGGAACUCGAGCACAUGCAAGCCAGUCCGACCAAGGAACUCGAGUACAAGGAAGCUAGUCCGACCAAGGAACUCGAGCACAAGGAAGCUAGUCCGACCAAGGAACUCGAACACGAGGAAGCCAGUCCGACCAAGGAACUCGAGCACGAGGAAGCCAGUCCGACCAAGAAAUUCGAGCAUGAGGAAGCCAGUUCGUCCGAGGAACUCGAGCACCAGGAACCAGAGCAGGAACCGGAAUACAUCCAGCGGGAUAAUCCACGGUACCAACUGAGGAGGAUUCCAGUGAAGCCGAAGGUGCUGUCAAUGGAAAUUUUGGACAAGGCUGAUCAUGUAAUUCUGCAAGAAAAUAGGGUGACACCCUUAAAGAUACGGGUCAAGGACCGCCCUCCGUGGGACAGCCGAAUCUAGGAGGACCAGGAAUUCUCUAAGGGCAGAGAGUUACCACUAGGCCUACCAAUCCGGUCACAACCUAACCUAACCUGGCAACCGGUAGCGAUGAAUCCCAAUUUCCAGAUAUUGCCAUUUCCUGCACGGAAUCAUUGGUGCCUGAUAGGACCAAUCGUGUGCUUAUCAUUAGCAUAAGAUCCUAUAGAUUAUAAGUUUAUCUGGAAAGACCUACCUUUUGGAAGCCAUGCCGAGCCAAAUGACGAGAGGACGAAGUCUCAAAAGUCAAUGGAACAUGCGAUGGUAGACUUCCAAUGAAAGGGUAUAACAAGUUAUGUUAAUUAUAUAAGUCAAAGUUUAUUUAAAUUGUUUGAAUUAAUUAAUAUAGCUUCACGUUUGUAAGAGACAGUAUACAAUACUUGGAAAAGACAGUAGUAAGGUUCUAUUGUUGUUACAUACUUACCUGAAAUUAAAGCAGAUCAGCUGUUCAAGGAAAUAGCAUAGACAGAGCUUAAAGAGUGAUAGAGCAUUCCUUGGACUUAAAGUAUU